AUGCACCGGCUCCGCCAAGACGAGGUGGAGCUCGAAAAAAGUGUCCGCCGACUGCGGGAGAAGUUCUACGGGAAGGUGGCCAUCGAGGAUGCGGUGAUUCUGAUGCGGAAGUUCAUCAAUAAUCAUGAUCUAGCCUGCAAGCGCAUUAUUCUUUGCAAAGAUGAGAUGGAUGAUCCGGAAGACGACGGGAGCCUGGCUGACGAUCCGGUCGCUUUGAAAGUGAUAGAUAAACUGAAGAAAGAAGAGGAGCAGAAGAAACAGAACGACCCUGAAAAUGACCACAAAAUCCAGGAGGUCGCUCGGCAACUGAAAGUUUUGCCCUUGACGGAGAGGAACGUGCGCAUGUUCAACCAUGCCCAAAACAACCUCAUACCCCCAUCUGACCACCAGUUUUCGUGCCUGCCCUGCGACAGCACGUGGUGGCGUCGCGUCCCAAAACGGAAACAGGUUUCCCGUUGCCGGAUGUGUGGGACCCGGUAUGACCCAGUGCCAGCCGGUAAGAUGUGGGGAACCGCCGAGUUUCACUGUUCUAACUGUGGACGGUCGUUCAGGGGCUUAGCUCAGAUGGGGACCCCGUCCCCCUGUUAUAUUUGCCGUACCCCCGUAUUCCCGACAUGCAUCAUCCCGCCUCGCAAGGCCCCGGGUCCACGCACCAGACAGCCCCAUUCCUGCUUCGCCGAGGAUUGCUACAACCGCAGAGAGCCCCACGUUCCAGGCACCCACUGCGUGCACCCUCGAAGCCGGGUGAGGAGGGGCCUGCCCAAAGUGAUCCACCCCUGCCAAGCGCACGACAGCACGGGCUCCACCGUGGCGACCUGCAUAAGCCAGGGUAGUUUGGCCCAAUACGACAUCGACGAGCUCAUUCUGGAGGACCUGCAAGAGCUGGACGAGGACGGGGAGAGCAGCAAUUAA